GAGAGGCGCAGCCUUUUUGCAAGCUACGCCCACGCACGCAACGUGUCAGGGGCUUUCAAUCUCCCUCGUAGUCGCAGAAGGUCGCACACUUGACGUGCUGCCCAAAAAACGAGGAAAUGAUACUCACAAAUUGCCCAGUAUGCGCUGCCCCUCUCCCACCUACGAGUGCCAAGCAGUGUAGCCGCUGCAAAACGCGCUACUGCGGCCCGGAGUGCCAGAAGACACACUGGGAAGAGGGCGGCCACGACAAGCUCUGCAGGAAGAUAAGGAAAGGUGGCGGCGCCGAGCAGUAUAAUGCCAAUACGAAGUAUACGGAGGCCGUAGCGGUCGCGGCGGAGGCAUGCGCCGACGACACUAAGGGACAGACGUGCUACAUCUGCACGCAGGCCCUCCACUGGAAAACAAAGGAGGGCCUCGUACGCGGAUGCUCGUGCCGCGGGACGGCGGGCUUUGUGCACUUGUCGUGUCUGGCGGAGCAGGCGAAGAUCUUGGUCGCGGGGGCUUUGGAGAAUAAUUUGUUCGACCAGGCGAAUGAACGGUGGAAGCGGUGGCAUACGUGUAGCUUGUGUGAGCAGCAGUACCACGGCGUCGUAUUGUGCGCGCUCGGGUGGGCGUGCUGGAAGACGUACGUGGGCCGGCCGGAGAUGGACACGGAUCGGAUCAUGGCGAUGGGGACGCUUGGGGCCGGUUUAUACAUAGCAAAACACCACGAGGACGCGUUGUCCGUGCAAGAGGCUGAGUUGGCUAUGCUGCGGCGCCUUGGCGCAUCAGAGGAGCUAAUUCUCAUCGCGCAGAGCAAUCUUGCGACCACGUAUGAGGACCUUGGGCGUAAGGAGGCCCCGUGCCUACGGCAAAAGGUUUACUCUGGACAUUUGAAGCUCUACGGCGAAGAACAUAAACACGCCCUUAGAGAAGCAUACAACUACGCGAACGCUCUUCAUGGUCUACAGCGCUUCGAAGAAACCAAGGCACUGCUGCGCAAAACCAUUCCCAUGGCGCAGCGCGUUCUCGGAGAGAGUCAUGAACUCACGCUCAAGAUACGGUCGCUUUACGCGAUAUCUCUCUACAAGGACCCCGACGCCACGCUCGACGAUCUCCACGAGGCCGUGAAUACGCUCGAGGACACGGCUCAGAGCGCGCGGCGCGUGCUCGGUGGCGCUCAUCCGAUCGCAGCGGCGAUUGAGCAAUCCCUGCGAAAGUCGCGAACAGCCUUCGACGCCCGCGAGACAGUGAGUGCCUAAAGAAUAGCCACA